UGAGUCGGAGAAAGAGAAGGAAAGAGACAGACUACUGGGUGGAGGGAAAGAGCAUCGGACACAGAUAAUUACACAAGUGUGGUGGCGCCGCGAUCCAUCUGAGGUGAUGUGUCGUGGACGUGAAGAAAGUAUGAGGUAAAGGAAGAGUCAUUUGAAGACUGUUAGCUGCAUAAAGUAAAAAGGAAGGGGAACUUUAAAGAAAGUCUUGUUAGAGUGGGAGGAAGAAAAAGUUGAGUAAAAAAAGACAUUUCUCUGUCUGGCAGCCAUGUGAUCUGGCUCUGCUGGGCUGAUGUUGUAAUCAUGAGAGCAAGAGGACUCACUCUGUGAUCUCCCCAGGCCUGGAUGAGUCAGUCAGUCAGUGGGUUAGUCAGUCAGUCAGUCAGUCGGUAAGCACCCCAAGUACACAGGAGAAAGGACAUCAACCCUCCGGUCUACACACUGACCCCAGAGAGAAAGAAAGAUAGUCCUAUCAACUUGUGUGGUUUAGUGUGUCCCCUGACCAGUCGAGAGUUCUAAAACACACAGAGGACAGGACAACGUUGUGGAUUACUGCUGUGGGGAGGGGGGAUGCAGAGUAUGGCCGCCGAGGUCCACCUGGAGCGGCAGAGGAGGUCUGACCUACGGAGAGCCUCAACCUCAGCCAAUUUGACCGCUCCUCCCAGGGUUCCCACGGUGAUGCUGACCAGUCACACGGGGACGCUGUGCAGACGGAACCCUCACCGGCUGGAAUCUGGCAACCCCAACCUGGCAACCAGGAGCCACCGCACAGCCAACCAAGGUAGCACAGAACAGAAGGUUGGAACGAUGCCCGAUUCACCUGCUGAUGUCAAAACCCAGCCCAGGUUGACUCCGCCCACAAUGCCACCUCCACCCCCGGCCGUCAGCCAGGCACCCAAUCGCAACGCUUCAUUCACACCCACCACCAGUAGGUCAAUGCUGAACGGGAGCAGUCACUCAAGUCACUCGCCCACGUCGCUCAACGGGGCGCCCUCUACACCCAACGGCUUCAGCAACGGCCCUGCCAUGUCGUCCACCGCCUCCCUGUCCAAUCAGCAGCUGCCGCCUGCCUGCGGUGCCCGCCAGCUCUGCAAGCUCAAGCGCUUCCUCACCACGCUGCAGCAGUUCGGCAACGACAUCUCGCCCGAGAUCGGAGAGCGGGUCCGCAGUCUGGUGCUGGGCCUGGUGAAUUCCACCCUGACCAUAGAAGAGUUCCACUCCAAACUCCAGGAGGCUACCAACUUCCCGCUGCGUCCCUUUGUCAUUCCAUUCCUCAAGGCGAACCUGCCCCUGCUUCAGAGGGAGCUCCUCCACUGUGCACGGAUAGCCAAGCAGACUCCCGCCCAGUAUCUGGCCCAGCAUGAGCAGCUGCUGCUGGACGCCAACGCCAGCUCGCCCCUGGACUCCUCUGAGAUCAUGAUGGAGAUCAACGAGCAUGGCAAGAGGAGGACCCCCGACAGGACCAAAGACUCAGAGAGAGACGGGCACCACCCGGAGCACCUGGCCAAGCGACCCUGCACCAUCAGCCCCAGCCAGCGCUUCAGUCCCAGCACUGGCCUGCCAGCCCACCCGCCCCCCAACGGCCUGCCCACACACCCCCCCAACGGCCUGUCUCACCCCAACCCCCCUGCCCCCCAACACUACCGGCUGGAGGACAUGGCCCUGGCCCACCACUACCGCGACGCCUACCGCCACACAGCAGAGCACCGCGAGGCUCGGGACAGGCACCGGCAGACAGCCGUGCAUGGAGCACGCCAGGAGGAAGUGAUCGAUCACCGCCUGACAGAUCGGGAGUGGGCCGAGGAGUGGAAGCACCUCGAUAAUCUGCUGAACUGCAUCAUGGACAUGGUGGAGAAGACGAGGCGUUCUCUCACCGUGCUGCGGCGCUGCCAGGAGGCCGACAGGGAGGAGCUAAACUACUGGAUCAGACGAUACAGCGACGCGGAAGAUAUGAAAAAAGGUGGGAGCAACGGCCAGCCACGCCCUCCUCCUCCUCCUGUACCUCUACCUCCUCACAACUCCUCCUCCAACACUCCUAACAACGUCGAGACACAGCAGCCCAUAGAGAUUCAUAGGGACUUCCUGCACAGACCUGCGUCUGGCUACCUACCUGAGGAGAUCUGGAGGAAGGCUGGUGCUACAAGUAUCCCACUCUCCCCAGCACUGAAGCAACUCCAAAACAAGCAGGAGGAGGCAGUGAACGAGGUGAAGAGGCAGGCCAUGUCGGAGCUACAGAAGGCUGUGUCGGACGCUGAGAGGAAGGCCCAUGAGAUGAUCUCCGCUGAGAGGUCCAAGAUGGAGAGGGCGCUGGCCGAGGCCAGGAAACAGGCCUCUGAGGAUGCACUGACCGUCAUCAACCAGCAGGAGGACUCCAGCGAAAGCUGCUGGAACUGUGGACGCAAGGCCAGUGAGACGUGCAGCGGCUGCAACACGGCGCGCUACUGUGGCUCCUUCUGCCAGCACAAAGACUGGGAGAAGCACCACCACGUCUGUGGCCAGGGUCUACAGGGCCUCCCCGGGGGCAGCAGUGUUCCUCUGGGCACCCCCUCCUCCAGCGCACCCCCUACACACUCAGAGAGCACCCCCCCUGGUCCACUCUCCCUGCCCGGCCAGACCAGCGGUGGUGGAGGAGGCAGUCUCUCUGGGAGUCCUAAGGAGGCUAGCUCCAGCAGUGCCUCACGCUCCACUACCCCAGCUACCCCUGCACUGCUGGACGCCACCUCUCGCUGACCCCGCCCUGCCAUGCCCAGUCACUCCCACUGACGCUACAGUACAGCUGCCAUCCAUCCUAAACAAACAGAGGAAUCUCCAUUGAUCGCACUGCACCCUUUCCUUCUUCUGUACUGCAUUUGUAGUGGUCCUACCGUGAAUACUGCACCGUCAACUACUUCUUAGCUACCUGAAGGCCUUGUUUUCUCAACUCCUCAACCUCCCCCCAAAAAACCUUCUGACUGUCUCUCAGCCGCACAGACUUUCUCUCUGUCAAACUCGAAACUAGUCGAGGGGUCCACUGUUGUGUUUAGCAUGGCUAGGGCUUACUUUACUGAAUGCUCAAAAUAAACCAAUGCAGAGGCAGAACUCCCUCUCUUUAAGUCAUAUUACAACAAAAAAAACACCAUACUUGGUUUUUGAACUCUGAUAAUGUCGUGUGAAGAUAAGCUUUGUUAUAUGCCAGACCAACACGUGGCCUCAGUAACAUAAGCCCAGUCAACGCCUGUGUAUGUCGGGGGCUUGCAUUGCAUGAGACUCGUUAUGGUACCACACGUAUUGUGAAGAAGAGAUAUCUAAAUUUAGCACUUGGAGAGGAUUUCCCUUUAACGCAGCAGGAGUGGGAUGACUCUUAACCCCUAGCAUGUGCACUAACAGCCCAGACCUCUGAGAGAUGGAUAGAUAGAUGCGUCUAUAGAACAGGCUCUUCUGUGUACUGGGCCAUGGACAUGUUCUGACUGAGGUCCCCUAUCUAAGAAGCCAGACACCAGUCAGGAAACCCGUCUUCUGAUGGAGGGGAUAAGAUACACUCAUGGUGCGAUUUAUUCCUCAGAAGCUCUUCCAUAAUACGGCUAAUUAUUUAUCCGAUGAUUCAUUUUUGGGCUUUAAGGAAGACAAAAGAAAAGUCCAAAUAUUCAAAACAAAUAAUAUGAUUUAAAAAAGUGAACUACCUUGCUAGCGAGCCAAGAAAAUGACACCGGACUCACCUCUCUGUACCGAUGUGAACCCAAAUGAAUUCAAAGAAGGGAAAAACAUGAUCCAAACCUUUUUAUUACACUGCCAAAGUUACUAAGAGACAAGGAGAAGCACUCAUCUUGUAACCAAACGCAAGCAACUUCACCUCCUCAGCAGCAAAGCCCUGGGAGAUAAAGGCUGUAGAGCAACAACAGGACUCACACAAAAACUCUAUAUUGAGUGCACUGUAGCUGGCCUCUGUCAGCCUGAAAAUACCCACAGUGAUCCACAGAGAGAGAAAUCCAGAGCAAACAUUUGAAACGCCUGCCACAAAAGACAAUUGAAAUGGAAGGACGAACCACUGAAUGUGACAGUGAUUUAUGUGAAUGGCAACGGAAUGGACAAAGAAGCAGCUACUCAAAAAGAAGGUGAAAGGCAUUGGAACUGCCAAAAAGAACCUAAAAAAACUGAUAACCUGUCCAAGCAAGCAUUGUACAGUAUGGAUAAGACUUUUGUUCUUAAUUAUGUUUUUUAGCUCUAUCAAGAGGAUACAUUUCAGUCAGUCGUACAUUUUCACCCUCCUUUUCCAAAGCAUGACAGACUAACGAGCCUCAUAAGCGGUGUAGACUCAGUUCUCUUCUCUCUCUCUUUCUACCUCCCCCCACUUUUCUGUAUGUUCCUCCCUAAAACUCUCUUGUCCCUCAGUCAACCCUACCCCCUUUGGACAUAACCUCUGAGCAGAUAUCUGGGAAGGGAUCAAACCUGCUUGUAGAUAUUCCUUUCUUUGUUUCUCGCUAAAAAAAUUGUCUCUGUCUCUGGUGUCCACCUGUGCUGCCGUUGUGCGUUUUCAGAAAGAGGAACUUUUCUUCUUUUUAAGUUUGGACAAAACAUUGAAGCAGGAGCAAAGACACUCUAGGAGAGAAAACCCCAUGUUGUACUUAUUGUUCAAUUUGUUGUAUCUUUAUCAAUGAAAAGAAAAUCCUCUUGUAGAAUAUUUUAUAUUGCUCGCAUUGUAAGACAGUGAGAGGACGGAGGUGCAAUAUGAAGAGAAUUCAGCUACUGAAUGAAACCUCAGCCACUACCCAUAGGGGGUCAUAUAAUAUAGAUACAUAUAAAUAUAUUUAAAAUAACAUCAGUAACUUAAUGUGAAUGUACAUAGUAUUUAAAGAGGUCCAAAAAUGUGUUUGCCAAAUAACAGAAACCUUUAAAGUAAUGUACAAUGUCCAGAAUAUGAUUUCUUUCCAGUUCAUUUUUUAAUCAAAGGAAUUUUCAUUUCUCAUAAAUCCUUAUUUUCUACCAGA